AUGGGUUGCGGACCAUCUGAAACAGUGGCCGCUACUCAUCCUACAGUAUCUCCACCAAUUAUCAAUGGUCAAUCAAAGCAAGCAUCUGAUGAGUCAUUGAAAAAUGAUCUGAAUCAAAGAAGAACAAGUACAACUUCUCAUACUAGCAAAAGGAUUAGAAUAAAUUCUGCUGCAUCAAUCCACAGUACGACAAAGAGAGUAACAAGUGCUUCAUCGAAAACGACUACAACAGACCUAAAAUCGUCCACUGUAGGAAAACAGUCUCGUACGCCAUCAUUGACAUUGUAUGAUGAUGCCAACUAUGACUUGGUAAUUAUUUGGGUGGACCCUCAUAUUAUUGAUAGUGAGAAAACCUAUGUGAACUCACUCACUAAAUUCCGACGCAUUACUGAUGCAGUUUUCACAUUCAAUGAAUUUGAUCAAUGUAUUCAUUUUCUUGAUCAUAUCUAUGAGAAGACAGCAUUUCUUAUUGUUUCGGAUUCAAUUGUCGAACAAUUCUUACCACUUGUUAUCGGUAAACCACACCUAGACUUUAUCUAUAUACUAAAUCAAACAAAACGGAAAAUAGAAUUGGUUAAUGCCUGGAAAAAAAAGGUGAAAGGACUUUUCGAUGAUAUUGAAGAGAUAUUCAAGGCGAUUACGGCUGAUAGUAAUCACAUAGAUAGUUGGAUUCCCAUGAGUAUUCUACCAAAGAACGAUAUAAAGAAGAAUGAAAAUGAAGCCAAUGAACUGAAUUCGUCGUUCAUGUACAUGUGCUUGUUGACAGAAAUUCUUCUCAAAAUGCAGUAUGAUUACAAAGUGAGGAAUACACUAUCCGAAUUUUGUCGUGGUCGGUAUCUCGAUAAUGAAGAAGAAUUAAAUUUAAUCAAUGAAUUUGAGCAAAACCACAAAAGCCAAUCAGCUGUUUAUUGGUAUACUAGAGAUUGCUUUCUAUAUAAGACGAUGAAUUUUGCACUGAGAACACAAGAUAUGGAGAUCAUUAUGAAAAUGGGAUUUUUUAUUCGUGAUCUUCAUGAACAACUUGCAACCAUGUAUAAAAAACAAGUGGAUCAACAAAAAGUAUUGGUCUUUCGUGGUCAAGGUAUUUUAUUAAAUGAAUUCGACAAGAUAAGAAAAAAUAUAGGCGGUCUGAUAUCAUUCAACGUUUUCUUGUCAACCAGUACUAAUAUCGAAAUAUCAUUAAAUUUCGCCAAGGGUGCAGAAAAUGAUCCAAAACUUGUUCCAGUGCUCUUUAGAAUGCACAUUGACCCAACGAAAUCAUCGGUUCCGUUUGCUGACGUAACAAAAUGCAGUUCUUUUAGCUAUGAGAAAGAAACUCUUUUCUCUAUGCAUACAAUAUUUCGUAUUGUGGAUGUGCGACGUAAUGAAGGACAAUAUUGGAACAUUAUUCUAAGUUUAACGAGCGACACUGAUCCCGAACUAAUGAAAUUGACUGACCAUUUAAGACAAGAGAUUGGAGGCGGAAGUCAUUUGCAACAACUAGGAAACUUGAUGCUAAAAAUGGGUAAGUUCGAUCGAGCUAAAUAUAUGUUCACGACGGAACGCAAUAUCACCAACGAAGGAACUUGGUUUGAACAAAUUCGUUUCAACCAUCAGCUCGGAUAUAUCUUUCGUGAAAAUGGUGAAUUUGUAAAAGCAUUAUCAUACUAUGAAAAAGCGCUCGACAUACAAAAGGCUAAUCUUCCUAAAAAUCAUUCAUCACUGGCUCCUAUCUACAAUAAUAUUGCGAGCGUGUGUUAUUCAAUAGGGGACUUUUCACGAGCACUGUCUUUUUACAAAACAGCACUUGAUAUCGAACUGAAAUCACUUCCAUCUGAUCAUCGUAAUUUAUCGAAUACUUACAAUAAUCUGGGAUCAGUUCAUUGUUCAAUAGGUGAUUAUUCGAUUGCACUUCAGUUCUUCACAAAAACACUUGGAAUUCGACAAAAAACUCUCCCGGACAAUCAUCCAGAUAUGGCUAGUAUCUACAAUAAUAUUGGAUCAGUCUAUAAUUCACUGGGCGAGUAUACCAAAGCGCUUGCACACUAUCAGAAAGCUAUUGAUAUUCAAGAAAAAACGCUUCUCUCUACACACAUCGAUCUAGCAACGAGUUACAGCAACAUUGGUAUCACAUAUAAUGCAAUGGGAGAUCAUGAAAAGGCGCUUGAAUCUCAUAAAAAAGCUCUUGAAAUCAGAACCAAAUCGCUUCUUUCGCAUCAUCCAGAUAUAGCUUUAAGUUAUAACAAUAUUGGCUCAGUAGAAAUAGACAUGGGUCAUUACACGACGGCGCUAUGGUAUUUAGAAAAAGCGCUCGAAGUUCGCGAUAACUGUGAUGCAGGAUAUCAUGUUGGUUUUGCUAAUGUUUAUGACAACAUUGGUCGAGUUUACCAGUCUAUGGAUGAUAAAUUAAAAGCACAAUCAAAUUUUCAAACUGCACUAGAGAUUCGUAAACAUUCUCUGGAUGAAAAUCAUCCCGACAUAGCCAACAGUUAUAAUAAUCUUGGUGCUAUUUACAACUUAAUGGAAGAAAAACAGAAAGCAAUCGAAUACUGUGAGAAAGCUCUUGUGAUUCAAAAGCAAUCUCUAUCAGAAAAUCAUCCAAGUUUAGCAAACACUUACAACAACAUUGGUUUGAUUUAUCACUCAAUGAAAGACAACACAAAAGCACUUACUUUUUGUCAGCAAGCUCUUGCUCUUCAGCUUAAAUCAUUACCAGAAGGUCAUCCAUCUAUUGCUACAACUUAUAAUAACAUCGGUUUAAUUCAUAAUUCAAUGAAAGAUUAUCCAACUGCAUUAUCCAUGUAUGAAAAAGUUUUGUCUAUUCAGCAAAAUGCAAUGCCAGUAAAAGAACAAUCGUUGGGAAUAACAUAUUAUAAUAUAGGGUCUACAUAUUCGUUGAUGGAAAAUUGUGCACAAGCUAUUAGUUUUUUCGAGAGGGCAUUAACGAUACAGCAGAAAGCAUCGCCACCAAAUUAUAAGGAUUUGGUCAAUACGUAUAACAUUAUUGGCCGUAUGUAUAAUGAAAUGAAUGACUAUGAAAAGGCGAUUUCGUUCUAUGAAAGAUCGAUCACUAUUUGUGAAGAUCAUUUUGCUAAUGAUGAACAAUUAUUAGCAACCACUUAUCAUAAUAUAGCUCUCACAUACCACGCCACGAAUGAUCUGUUAAAAGCGUUGCCCUUUUAUCAACAGACACUCUCAAUUUGUAUGAAAAAUCCUUCUGUAACUGAUUUAUCAUUGGCUCACAUAUAUAGCAGUAUUGGAACAAUAUAUGAUUCGAAGGAAGAUUAUGAGCAAGCUAUUAGUUAUUAUCAAAAAUCGAUCGAACUUGAAGAAAAUGAAAAUCCGAAAAAUGAUUUAUUUUUAUCAACUAUCUAUAGUAAUAUUGCAGCUGCUUAUAAAUCCUUGGAAGACAAUCCAAAUGCCCUUGCCUAUUAUGAAAAAGCACUUACGAGUCAAGAAAGAAGUUCGGCUACUGACCAUUCAUCUUUAACAUCUAUCUAUAAAAACAUGGCAUCUAUCUACAAAUCGAUGGGAAAUUAUUCAGAUGCUGUCACUUUUUAUCGAAAGGCAAUUGGAAUGGAAGAGAAAGAACUUGCUUCAUAUUCAGAUGAGGCUACCUUGAGUAAUACAUACAGUCAUAUUGCAACCGUGUAUAGCUCUAUGGGUGACAAAGAAAAUGCUCUUCUAUGCUAUCAAAAAGUAUCAGCCAUCAAGGAAAAGUUAAUGUCACCUAAUGAUCCAUCAUUACUUCCAAUUUACACUAAUAUUGCCUCGCUUUAUCUAUCUACAGAACGGAAAUCAGAUGCCGCUAAAUAUUUCGAGAAAUCACUCCGGAUUCAAGAAACAUUACCAUCGCCAGAUUACUCGUUGACGCAUGCUCUUCGUAUCAAAACAGCUCAGAUUUACGAAAGUUUUAAAAAUUAUGGUGCAGCUCUCCAACAUGCCGAGAGCUACGUUAGUGAAGCUAGUUCAGUUUUGGGUUCUGAUCAUCAAACUGUAAAAGCUACUCAAGAUUACAUUGAAAGUCUUCGUCGUGUGACUACGUGA